GGCCCUGGCAAUGCCCACGGGUAGGACAGCAAGAAAAGGAAGGGAAGCCUGUUUGCUAUUUGCUUGGUCGCCCCUCCUCCGCACUUGUCUCCUCUGGCUUCUCAGCCCCUUGCUGCCUGCCUGUCCCUCUGGGCUUCUGGGGCGCCACCACUACUGUCCCCAACCCUCUUCGCCAGACGGAUCUAAAGACAGCUUGGCUCACGGGUCUGCCACCAGCCCACGGCUUGCGCGAGGCUAUAAAACCUGCCAGUGCAGGAGGAGGCCCAGUGCUGCCCUGAGUCGUCCGGCCUGAGCACGCAGAGAUGACCCGAGCUGCAGAGCGAAGCCAAGCGGCUACAGGCUGGGGGCUGCGCGGCGCCCUGGUGGCCGUGGCGCUGCUGUCUGCGCUGAAUGCUGCAGGCACGGUGUUCGUGCUGUGCCAGUGGCGCGGGCUGAGCGCGGCGCUGCGGGCGCUGGAGGCGCAAAGCGGCCGGGAGCAGCGCGAAGACAGCGCCCUACGCGCUUUUCUGGCCGAACUGAGUCGUGCACCAGGCCGGGUCCCCGAACCACCCCAGGACCCCAUGAGCGCAGCGCGCAACAAGCGCAGCCACAGCGGGGAGCAUGCGUCACACAUCCGCGCUGAGAGCCAGGACAUGAUGAUGAUGAUGACCUACUCCAUGGUGCCGAUUCGGGUGAUGAUAGACCUGUGCAACAGCACCCAGGGCAUCUGCCUUACAGGACCACCGGGCCCACCAGGGCCUCCAGGAGCUGGUGGGUUACCAGGCCACAACGGAUCAGACGGACAGCCCGGUCUCCAGGGCCCAAAAGGCGAAAAAGGAGCAAUUGGCAAGAGAGGAAAAAUGGGGUUACCUGGAGCCACAGGAAAUCCAGGGGAAAAGGGAGAAAAGGGAGAUGCUGGUGAACUGGGCCUACCUGGAAAUGAGGGCCCACCAGGGCAGAAAGGUGACAAGGGAGACAAAGGAGACGUGUCCAAUGAUGUGCUUUUGACAGGUGCCAAAGGUGACCAAGGUCCCCCUGGCCCCCCUGGUCCCCCUGGACCUCCAGGCCCUCCAGGAAGCAGAAGAUCCAAAGGCCCUCGGCAGCCAAAUGUGUUCAACAGCCAGUGUCCAGGGGAGACGUGUGUCAUACCCAAUGAUGACACCUUGGUGGGAAGAGCUGACGAGAAAGUAAAUGAGCACCGUUCUCCACAAACAGAAUCCAUGAUCGCUUCCAUUGGCAAACCAACCCAAGUCCUAAAAGUGAGAGAGACUUUUGGGACUUGGAUAAGGGAGUCUGCUAACAAAAGUGAUGACCGCAUUUGGGUGACUGAACAUUUCUCAGGCAUCAUGGUGAAAGAGUUCAAAGAUCUGCCGGCGCUCCUCAAUAGCAGUUUCACCCUCCUUCACCUCCCUCAUUAUUUCCAUGGCUGUGGGCACGCCGUUUACAACAACUCUCUCUACUACCACAAAGGAGGCUCCAACACCAUAGUGAGAUUUGAAUUUGGGAAAGAAACACCUCAAACUCUGAAGCUUGAAAAUGCUUUGUAUUUUGAUCGAAAAUACCUCUUUGCAAAUUCCAAGACUUACUUCAACAUAGCAGUGGAUGAGAAGGGCCUCUGGAUUAUCUACGCCUCAAGUGCGGAUGGUUCAAGCAUCCUCGUAGCUCAGCUGGAUGAGAGGACCUUCUCUGUGGGGCAGCACAUCAACACCACAUACCCCAAAUCCAAGGCUGGCAAUGCCUUCAUAGCUCAAGGAAUCCUCUACGUCACAGACACCAGAGAUACGAGGAUCACUUUUGCCUUUGAUUUGUUAGGAGGAAAACAGAUCAAUGCAAACUUUGAUUUCAGAAUGUCACAGUCUGUCCUUGCCAUGCUGUCAUACAAUAUGAGAGAUCAGCACUUAUACUCGUGGGAAGAUGGCCAUCUGAUGCUCUAUCCUGUGCAGUUUUUGUCAGCGGCAUCGAGCCGGCGAUAGGCUUGCUGUCUGCUCCCUCAUUAUAUGCCACGUGUUUUCUGGGGUUUGUUCAAACCCAGCAGAAAGCUAGCCUGUAAAGGAUUUCUAGAUACUCGGGGCACAAACCCAUGCCACAGUCUCUUGUGCCAGCAUUGAGUCCCCUUUAAGCCAGGUUGUUUAAAUGACUACAGAUCGGAAGUGGAAAUGGAUGAGAUCUGGUGACCCUUGGUCCCUCCUCAAACUCAGCAAGUUAGCUCUGCCCCCUGUCCUCAGUGUCCCCAUCGGUCAUAUGAAACAUCUGAGUGCGACUGGCCACAUUCCCUCUACCUAUAUGAAGUUCUGUGAUUCUUGCCUGGUUACAUAUCAGGCUGCUUUCUGGUUUCUUAUUUUUUUUCUUCACAUGUAAACGAUUUUACCUGCAGCUUGAGGGGUAUGUGCCUAUCAGUGAUAGUGUACAUUUAUUUGGUAUUUAGGGAGGAUCCACAGGCUCUUAUGGCUUCUAAGGUAUUAUAUUAUCCAUAAUUUGUUAUAUUUCUCUGAAUAAGCACCUGCCACUAUAGAAUGAUUAUUGUUUUCAGCUCUAAGUACAGACCCAAGAUUCAUAAAGACCAUGAAUAGAUACAGGCUCGGGACUCUAAAUAAAACUGCGUCAGGCCCGUCUAGAUGCCUGUCAGUUUCUGAUCAUGCCCCUUUGCUGCUGGGGAUCAUACACACAAAAUCUUCAGUGCGUGGUCCCUUUUGCCAAGGCCACGGGAUUGUUAUCACAGUAUCAAACCUUAAUUGGCCAAUCAUCUGGUUAGAAGCAUGGAAACGUGACGGUUUUUCCAAACGGGCACCAUCUGCACUUCCUGUCUAGAAUAAGGGAAGGCAACAGGGUCGAAGGCUGAGGCCAGCUUACCCCCAUUCCUGUACCACCGCAUCCCUACACCUAAGAGCCAUGCCUCAGACCAUGGCAUGGAAGCAGAGCAGCUCUGUCAAUCCAAACCCUAGUCCUGCAGAAAGGAACAAUGCUGGCCUUUAAUCUGAGGACACAAAAUGAGUCAGAUUCUCAGAAGAGCUUGCUUCCUGGGUCUUUUUAGGUUUUCUUGAGCCUUGGCAGAGGGGGCAGCUAAGGGCAGCAUCAAAUGGAACAAGAGACCUCCAGCUGUGGAGGUGUUCUCUCCCAAAUGGUUCACAAGGUUGGAUCUUGGAUGGUAAGAAUCUGGUUUAAUUGGCUCCUACAAGACCUUAAAUAACCGUGUUCUCUGCCAACUCCUUCUGCCUGGCACUGAGUUCCAGGCAGGCCUAUGCCGCUUCAAGAGGGAGCUGGGAAUUUCAUCACCCCCCUGAAGAUCAGAAGAGAAACUACAGAAACUGUUUGGGAAAGACUGACCAGCAAUUCCAAACCCAUUCUCAGUGGGCCUGUCUGUGACCUGGUUUAAUCUUUAUAACAGAAGCAUCUUAAGACUUGUGGUGUGCAUUUUAACUGUUUAAAUGUCCCUGCCCUCUGCAAUCACCCAGGCAGCUGUUGCUGGUGCACCUGUUGAGUUCUCAAAAGCUUCCCCACUUCUUGAUUAGAUUGAUUAUACAGAUUGUCAGCACAGCUUUUAAAGAUAUUCUCUCAGAUUCGUUUGUCACAAUGUAGAGUUCUAAUGUUUUAUUAGUGUAUCUACUGAAUGGUCUUGUUCUUUUAAAGUAUUCAAAUAUGUGGUUCUGUUUCUGAGUACAGUAUAAUUUCAUUUAUUAUUACUUAGUAGCAUUGUUGAGAACAGAUACAAUACUAAUUGUACAUGUAAGCAAAAUACUUUAUUGAAUUAGCUCACACAGUUUUGAUAUCUGAACUAUCAAAUGUCUUAGCUUUCCUUUCCUUUCCUUUCUCCCACCGUCCCUCUCUCCACCCCCUUUCUCUCUCUCUCCCUCUCCCUCCCCCUUCUUUCUUUCUUUCUUUCUUUCUUUCUUAUUUUCUUUCUUUCUUUCUUAUUUUCUUUCUUUCUUUCUUAUUUUCUUUCUUUCUUAUUUUCUUUCUUUCUUUCUUAUUUUCUUUCUUAUUUUCUUUCUUUCUUUCUUAUUUUCUUUCUUUCUUCUUUCUCUUUCUUUCUUUCUUUCUUUCUUCCUUUCUUUCUUUCUUUCUUUCUUUCUUUCUUUCUUUCUUUCUUUCUUUCUUUCUUUCUUUCUUUCUUUCUUUCUUUCUUUCUUUCUUUCUUUCUGUGUUUGCCCAGACUGAUCACAGACUCCCGCUGCAGCUUCCUGUGUGCUGGGACCACAGACACAGUGGCUCUUUGGCUCUCUUAAUUGUGUGUAAGGAAUCAUACAUACACUCACUAUUAGAGAAACUCAUCUGAAGAUUUUUGUUUCUUUCCAUGACUGUUUCUUUCUUUCUUUUGUUAUGGUGUAGUGGGAUUAGAACAAGUAAGAUCUACUGAUGUUUAAAGAGUUUAUCUUUACAGAAGGAAAGGAAUUCAGGUUUUAUUUCUUUUCUUGCAAACAGUACUUCAUUCUAUAUCACUCAACAUGGUGUUUCAGGCUCACUGCUAAAAUAGUGUGCACAACCUUGUAUUUUUAAAUGAAGAUAUUAAUCAUCCCUGCUGUCACUUGUAGCCAGGUUGUUCUAAAAGCACUUCUCUGUAUGAAACCAAGUCAUUCUCCAAUUCUUCUGAUACCGUUACACUAGAAAUCACACCUUCCAGCUUCAAAGGUAGGCCAGACUCAAUAUUCCAAAGCAUUUCUUUUAACUAAUACAGAGUCCAACUAAGGAUGCAGAGGUGGCUCUGGCCUCAGUAUAUCAGGAGGCAGAGGUGAUGGACAGAGAAAGUGGUCCAGGCUGAAGAUUUUGAAUCAGUUCUGGUCUUGGGUUCAUUCGGUGUCUUUUUACCUUCAUAAUGAGACAAGAUGAAAUGACAAAUGAGAAAGCGCAACUCUUGAAAAGUCAUCCAUCAUCCUCUGGGCGUAGCAAGUAACUUAACUUGGGCAUUGCCUGUCUGGUGUUGCGCUACCUGAAGGAGAAGUGGAGGGGGGAGUUCCUCAGUUUUCAUCAGCGCUGUGGCCUGUUUAUCAUAUAAUCUCCCAUCGGUAACCACAGAUUCUAAAUGACCAACAAAUAAUAGUUGUAAGUAUUAAAAUAAAAUUAUCCUAAAUAUAA